AUGGGGCUGGUAUUUGCUUACGGACACUCUUUGGACGGUGCUUUGGGACUCGGCCAUGACUUGAGCGGCUACGUAGGCCAGCCUACGCUGGUGGACUUCUUCUUCGACAAUUUAAUUGUUGUGCGAGACAUCUCUUGCGGUGGGGACCAACUAGCUGGAGCACAUUCUGCAGCUGUCAGUCAAGAUGGAGAGCUGUACACGUGGGGAGUGGGGAUUGCACUGGGGAGAGGGACGCUCAGGAGUGCGUCCACACCUCAGCGGAUAGCGUUGCCCCCAGUGGAGACAACUGCAAACGGAGCUGAAGCGACAACGACCGUCGGAUCAGUUUCAUGCGGCAGUGGGUUUUGUGUCGCUCAAACACGUGAAGGCCACGCUUUCUCGUGGGGGAAAUGGGGCGACGGACGUCUGGGACUCGGACGGAUUCCAAUCAUCGCUCGGACGUCUCGACGACAUGGAGGCGGAGCUGUACGAAAGCAGUUCCAGUCUUUCCAGCUGACUCCGAGGCAGAUUCAGAGUAUUUACGUCACUCAAGUGAAGCCUUCGCAGCAUGAGGCGCCGUUGUUCUCGAAAAUCGCUUGUGGAGACGCCCACUGUGUCGGUCUCACAAGAAAUGGAGCGCUUGUCACUUGGGGGAGAGGCAACAGCGGUCAACAGGGUCGAGGUGAUGCCAGCGACGCUCUCCAUCCUACAGCAGUGCUGAAAGAGAGUGCGCACAAACAGUGGCGAGAUGUAGCGGCGGGUGAGAACUGGAGUAUGGCGCUUUCUUUCGAUGGUCGAGUGUGGACUUGGGGGGCGUGCGGAGGCUCAGUGCUCGGCCACGGCUUGUACGGCAGCCAGAAGAAUGCUCUUCUAGCUGAGAUGAUCCUUCAACGGCACCAACGGCUUCUUUCGCAGCGCAAAAAGUCUACAACAGCGUCUUUAUCGUGUCCUAGACUACCGCAGCUGAAGUGGAUGACGCCCCAGAUGAUCCCUUGCUUUGCCUCGCCCGAUUUUCGCAUCUGUAGGAUCAGUGCUGGCACCCAACACGCCGCAGCCAUUUCAGACACCGGUGAUCUCUACAUGUGGGGAGAAGGCAACUCGGAUGACUCCGACGGUCUCGCUCUGUCCAGUCUACCCAAGCUUGUCAACUCCGGUCAAAGCCAUGGGGAAGCAGGAGCGGAUGACGGGAAUGCUGCAGAUAUUGGAACUCACAGCGUCGAGCACGUUGUUUGUGGUGGGCACCAGACAAUCGCCUUCACUUCGGGCAGCUUCCUGGCGCGUUCCAUGACCAAAUUGUAUCGUGACUCCGUCGCGCGUGAUGAUAAGACUGGUAUUGCAGGUGCUGACCUCGUUUUAGUCGUCUCCGGUCAGCGUCUCCCGGCUCACAAGUUGCUGCUUGCUCAGCGUAGUCCUGUGCUGCGUGAACUCAUUCUGGACGAGGAACAACAGCAGCAAAAUCGCAUCACAGCGAGUGACAGCGAUACGUAUAAAACCUCAGUGUCUGAGACGAUGGAGUUGCUGCUUCCAGCUCUGCGAGCGGACGUGGCUCGACUGCUUUUGGAGUUUAUCUACACGGACAACUUUACUCUCGACGUGAGCAAGAGCUCGUAUUACCUGGUCCACGACGUGCUACGCGCUGCGAAGCUCUACAAGCUUCCCAGUCUUGUGCUGCUUUGUCGUCAACGUCUCUUCUCUGCAUCUCCGUCGUCGCUCUUCGGUGCGUCAGCCUCUUCGCCAGAAAUCGCUAAAGACGAGCUGAGCGAUUCUAACAGCGAAGGAGACGAAGACGAGCUGGAGACGCUUCGUAGGUCUCCUCGCAUGCUGAAUGACGACAUGAAGUUCGCUCUGAGUGACGCAGUAUGGGCUGAUACAGUGCUCAUCGCCGAAGGACGCCGCAUUCCGGUGCAUCGCUGCAUGCUCAUUGCUCGAAGUGAGUAUUUCCGAGCUGUGCUGGCGUUCCAUCGCCUUGCAGAGAGUGAAGCUACCAAGAGAAAGAUGGCAGUAGUGAACGUGGAAGACUCGUACGCUGCAAUUGUGCGAGUGCUUCGCUUCAUCUACUACGACCAGGUGGCGCUACCGCAGUCGAAAAGGAACGGAGAGACCGAUACGGACGUGAGUGAUCAACUCCUGGAGGACCUGGUAGCAGCAGACAAGUAUGGUUUGGAGCGACUGAAGCGUCUAUGUGAGCACGCGAUUCGUGUGACGGCAGCCAACUGCCUUGAAGUUCUGGUAGUUGCUGAGUUAGUGCACGCCGCACACCUGAAGCAGGUCGCGAUGCGGUUCGUCCAGACAAAUCUUGCAGAUGUGACAGCUCGACGGGAGGAUUUUCAGCGAUUCCAGGAGGAUUUUCCUCAAUUGCUAGAAGAACUCUACGCCAGACUUCGUGAUGCAAGUCGAGAUGAAUUUCUUCUGCGAGAAUGGCACACAGAGGUGGGGACAAGUUUAGCAGCUCAGCGUGAGGAGCAAGAGCUGCAGUGGGGCAAGAAGUCAGAUACAGCAACGUUUCCGUGGGUGCCAUUAAGCUUAACACUGGCGUUUGGUACAAUGUAUUUGUCCAUGAUGCAUGCUCAAGAGCACGAAUACUCUGCUGUCCCCGCUACCAACUUAGUAGCGAUUGCCGCUAUUGGAGGAGCCAUCGUUAUGGGAUAUCUGUAA